AGUCCAGGUAUUAAAAUCUGGAAUCUUUCUCAAGGAUAUGAAGUACUCAGGAGAGCUUUACUUGUGUGUUGGGGUAUUUUAACAUGAACUUCCUAAGACACGGAACAGGAAGGUCUGGAUGAAGAGGUUGUGGCAGCAUUGCCUGAAGACAUGAGAGCAGGCUUUGAUUCCAGCGGUUUUUCAUUGGAAUUGGCGAUCUGUGUGCUCACCCUUGGAUUGCUUACUGUGCUUCUGUUUGUGUGGAGAGGCUUCCGAUCAAUUCGAAGCCGAUUUUAUGUGGGAAGAGAGAAAAAAUUGGCUCUUGAGCUUUCUGCACAAAUUGAAGAAAAAUGUAAGCUACUUGAAAAAGUUAGCCUUGCUCAAAAGGAGUAUGAAGGCUUAGAGUCAUCUUUAAAGGAGGCCAACUUUGACAAGGAGUCAACAGAAGCACAAAGUGUGAAGUUUGUUGAAGGACCACAAAUAUCAGAGGCAACUUAUGAAAAUCUAGAAAGCUCGAAAUCUAAACUUGAAGAUGAAAUACUCUUUCUAGAGAAAGAACUAGAAGAAGAGAGAGCUAAACAUUCUGAACAAGAUGAUUUGGUGGCUGAUACUUUAAAAGAGAUACAAUCCCUAGAAGAUGAAUCAAAUGCUCUCAAAUCACAAGUAGCUGAAGCCAAAACGACCUUGAGAAUAUUUGAAAUCAAUAAAGAGCGGCUUGUGGGAACAAUAAAAGAUGCCUUGGAUGAAACUGCUGAACUUCAGGAAAGCCAUAAGCAGCUUUUACAGGAAGCUGAAGUAAUGAGAGAAAAAGUGAAUGAACUCAAUAAACAGAAAGUAAAAUCUGAAGAAUCCAAAGUACAGGCAGAGCAAGUUCUAAAUGAUAAAGACAAUCAGAUCAAGUCUCUGGUGGAGAGCCUGCUAAAGAUGGAAGUUUGGACUGCUGUGUUUGGAGAACACGUAGCAGAUGAUGGUAAUCUGGAUUGGGAGGUGAAGAGUGACCUAGAAAACGAUGCUCACUUAGAUAAUCAGCCCAAGGGAGCUUUGAAGAAGCUGAUUUAUGCCGUUAAGUUAAAUGCUUCUUUAAAAGCCUUAGAAGGAGAAAGAAACCAAAUUUACACUCAGUUAUCUGAAGUAGAUAAAACAAAGGAGGAUCUUACAGAGCGUAUCAGAAGUCUGGAAUCUGAGCAGGCGUCUUUGCCGUCAGAAGUCACAGAGUUUGAAAACGAGAAACAGAAGCUUCAGCAGAAACUCCAAGUGAUGACUGAGCUGUACCAAGAAAACGAAAUGAAGCUUCACAGGAAAUUAACAGUAGAAGAAAAUUACCGAUUAGAGAAAGAGAAAAAACUUUCCAAAGUGAAGGAGAGGAUCAGCUAUGCGGCCGAGGAGCUGGAGACCUGCAGACAGCGUGCCAAGGAUCUGGAAGAAGAGCUGGAGAGAACAAUUCACUCUUACCAAGGGCAGGUUAUAGCUCAUGAAAAAAAAGCACAUGAUAAUUGGCUGGUAGCUCGGACUUGUGAAAGAAACCUCAAUGAUUUAAGGAAAGAAAAUGCUCACAACAGACAAAAAUUAACUGAAGCAGAGUUGAAAUUAGAACGUUUAGAAAAAGAUCCUUAUGCACUUGAUGUUCCAAAUACAGCAUUUGGCAGAGAGCAUUCCCCAUAUGGUCCCUCACCACUGGGCCGACCUUCAUCUGAAACGAGAGCUUUUCUCUCUCCUCCAACUUUGCUGGAGGGUCCACUCAGACUCUCACCUUUGCUUCCAGGGGGAGGAAGAAGAGGCCCACGAGGCCCUGAGAGUCUUCUGGACCAUCAGAUGAAUACUGAAAGAGGAGAGUCAAGCUGUGACAGGUUAUCUGGUGCUCCGAGAGCACCUUCUGACAAGUCCCUGUCACCUCCAUGGGAACAAGACCGAAGGAUGAUGGUCCCUCCACCAGAUGGGCCAGUCUCUUCAGAAAAGCAGUCCAGUAGAAAUGAUACCAAAGAUCAACCUGGUAACUCAAAAGUGCCUGAUGCUCCUGGUCAUGGCUUCGUCCCUCCACCGGGUCCUCCAGUUCCCCCUGUGGACCCAAGGAGCCAGUUGAUGGGAAGGGCCUGCCCCUUCCCCCCACCUUCUCCAAGAAACAUCUAUGGAGCUCCUCCAGAUUAUUAUUCUCCACCUAACGACUUCCCUGGCCCACCACGUCUUCCAUUCCCUGGGAGAAAUGUGUACCCACCGAGGGGCUUUCCACCUUACCUUCCCCCAAGAGCUGGGUUCUUCCCCCCACCCCCACAUCCUGAAAGUAGACGUGCGCUCCCUCCAGACUUGAUUCCACCUUCAAAAGAACCUGCAGCCGAACCUCCAGAACCCCAGGAGACCUGACAGUGGUGCUGGUCCCCUCAGCAGUCAUUUUCUUCUCAUUUUCAGUUUAAGUAACUGCUAUUACUUAUGUGAUUAUAUUUUUGCUCAAAUUGAAGCUUAAUGGAAUUAUAAUUCUCAGGAUAGUAUUUUGUAAAUAAAUAUGAUUUAAAUAUGAAUCUUAUGAGUAAAUUAUUUCCAUUUUAUUUUAUUCUGAAUAGUAUAUUUUACUUUGAUUACCUCAUCCAUAAUUAUGGUAGUUUUAUAUAUGUAAUCUUAUAGUUGGGGAUAUCUUAAACUCAAAAGGCUGUGUCUUUAUACCAGGAAUGUGUUCACCGUGGUUGUAGACAAAUGUAAAAGUAACUUUAUGUAUAAUGAAAUAAAUUUUAAUUGAUUUAAAGUCUUGUUUGGCAUUGCUAAUAAUAAAACCAGCCAGUUUCACAUAAA